AUUUACAUUUUGGCAUGCGCACGCACAAUAGUUUUACAGCCCCGGCUCCAGACUGGCUUUGGGCUGGCGGAGCAAAAAAAAAAAAGAAAAGAAAAAGAAAGCUUGGAACUGAGAGUACCCACCCAAAUAAUAUUGUACUUUGUUCUUCAACACGGAAGUAGUUGUAUAUUUCAGCCCGAGUUGAAGCUAAAUAUCUCAAUAUGAUUUGCUUUCACGAAAUCAUCUGGAGCAUUCAUGUUUGUGAAAAAAUGAAUACUUAGGUAUGUGUAACAAUGCUUGUCUGCGAGAAUUUGUUUAAAACUUAAAAUUUAAACAAAGUUAAAAUCACUUUCGAUUUGCUAUCCAGCUACCUACACAAAACAAAUCAAGAAGUACCGGUCGGUAUCUACAAAAAACAGGUCUCCUACUCGUCCCGUCCAGCACACAGCACACACCAUGGGUCACGCCUACUAUGAGUUCCAGCACGUCGAGCUCGCCAACGUCGGCAGCGGAAAGAAGAGACAGCCGUACGCGGGGCUCAGUGACCUGCUGACCAGCGAGCCUGCAGCGCCCUGCGAGCCACGUCCUCCGUCCAGGGUGAGGAACCCGCCCGGCGGUCCGACCAGCAACAUUUUCGCCGCCGAGGAGGUGACGCCGCCGCGAUCCAGCCGGACCAACAAGAUGGCCUCGAGCAUUCCGUUCGGCGUCGACUGCGUCGACUCGCCGCCGUCCAGCACCACCUCGUCGCCGCCGCCGACGCCCGUCAAGCCAGCCGGGCUGCCUCGGCCACAGGCCAGAGACCAGUGUCCUGCACCCGUCCUGGCCCCAGUCACCGAGGAGGCGUCCGAUCCCGUCCCUCGGAAAGCCUCGCCGAACCCGGUGACGGGCCAGGGCUACGAGCCGGCCGAGGUGAUGAAGAAGCCGACGCCGCAGCCGGCCGCGGCCACCCCCCGCCGCCGCAUCCCUCCCGGCGGCUACUCCAGCCCCCUGUGGUGAACGGACCACCAGCACCGACACCUGGCGGCCCGACCUGGAAGCUCAGGUCCGACCGCCCGCCGCGUGGCGGCGCCCCGAUCGCAGCUGAGACUGCAGGCUCGCAGUCUCCGCUCGCGUUCACCAAAUCAUGUCAAUGUGUUAACUAGAUCAUAAACACCUCGCACCACCACUAUUGCGACGUAGUGGCUGCUUGAAGUAUAGUGGCAAAUUCGCAAUAACGCUACGAAGAAUCGGCCGAAUACCUAAUCGUUUAGGUCCAUAUUCCCCGGCAGGCAGGUUCCGAUCGCGUGGGCACCGAGGUGAAUCAGUGUGUGUGUUCCCUCGCGAAUAUGAUGUAAUUUGUGGUAAUUCGCCUCAUACUGGUGAAAAUUGGAGGUGUGUUUAGCAAGUGUUGUAUUAACUUUCCGUUUCUUUUGUAUAAAUACAUGCUUUUAUAAGAU